UUGUAAACUGUGGGCUGCAGUCUGAGUGACUACACUUUGAAAACUGCGCUCUUUAUUUACUCAUUUGUAGUUAUGGAUUGCUGUGUUGGAUCUGUGUUAUUCUACUUUGUAUUACUUUAUAUGCUCAUUCACUUGCUUGUUUUCUUCUUCGCGGAUGCAGAUUUCACGUUACUGUGGGCUAGUCUGUUCGGACGUAAAUCAGAGGUGAAGCUGAAAGGUCAAGUGGUGUGGGUCACAGGAGCCUCCAGUGGCAUCGGGGAGGAACUAGCCUACCAGCUGGCUCGUUGCGGCUCGCGCCUCAUACUGUCCGCUCGCCGCGAGGAUGAGCUGAAGAGGGUGAAGCGGCAAUGCUUAGAGUCCACAGGUCUCAAAGAUGAGGACAUUCUUGUUCUUCCUCUGGAUUUGUUGGAGAGAACAAGUCAUGAAGCCAAAGCCCAAGCUGCAAUUGGACACUUUGGACAAAUUGACAUCCUGAUUAACAACGGUGGGCGAAGCCAGCGCUCUUUGUUCCUAGAUACGAGUGUCGACGUUUACCAGGCUUUGAUGGAGCUCAACUUCCUGGGUACCGUGUCCCUUACUAAGCAGGUGCUGCCUCACAUGACGCGGCGCGGAACUGGCAGCAUCGUGACUGUCAGCAGCGUGCUGGGUAUUGCCGGGGGGCCACUGGCGUCGGGAUACGCUGCCAGCAAACACGCGCUUCAGGGUUUUUUUAAUUCCCUCCGGACCGAGCUCUAUGACUACCCUAACAUACUCAUCAGCACAGUCUGUCCAGGGCCAGUACAAUCAUUCAUAGUAGAAAAUGCCUUCACUGAAGAUCUGAACAAGCCCAUGGCUUCAGCUGGUUACCAGGGAUACAAGAUGCCCACGAGUCGCUGCGUGUAUUUAAUACUGGCGGGGAUUGCCAACGGUGUCAAAGAAAUGUGGAUCUCUCAGCAACCCUUCCUGUCUUUCAACUAUGUAUGGCAGUACACACCCACGUUUGCCUGGUUUAUCACAAAGAUCCUGAGCAAGAAAAGGGUGCAGAAUUUCAAAUUGGGUGUGGAUGCAGACUCUGCCUACUUCACCAAGCCUAAAACACUGUAAAAGUGGCUUCCGGAUGGCACUUAUCGACAUCUUCUUACAAGACUUUUUAUUAUGUACAUAUAGACAUAUAAAAAUGAACAAUAUGUACAAGAAUAUGAGCAAUCAAAAUUGUUGAACUAUUAUUUUGAACGUUGUAAACAAGAGAACUGUAAACAAACAAAUUGCACUGAACAGCAAGACAUAUCCAAGGCACAUCCUUGAUAUCUUAACAAAAUAAAUGAUUUUUUUUUUCCCUUUUUGAACAGACGGGGAUUUUGAAUGUUGUAACAAAAACUGGGCUUUUUAUAAUCAAUAACUGUUAAUAACGUGUUUCUGCUCAAUCUAGCCCACAAUCCACCUGUAUUGGAAAUGUACCAUGUAGCUAUCUAACUCGCUGAUGUGAUAAAACGACAUAAUUUUGCAACUCGAUGCCUUUUCUUUUGUAUUGGACUAAAGCACCAUAAUAAAUGAAUGCAAA